AUGGGGUUUUCCGGCUCGUCUCGAGCAGCACUUGCUCUUCUUCUUCUGGCGAUAAGUAGCUGCUGCUUCUCCUCAGCAAUUCUCGGCGGCAUACCGUCGACUCUGGAUGGACCAUUCAAGCCGGUCACCAUCCCUCUGGACACAAGCUUCCGCGGUAACGCCGUCGACUUGCCGCCCACCGAUCCUCGGGUGCAGAGGAAUGUCACGGGCUUCGUUCCUGAGCAGAUUUCCGUCUCCCUCUCUGCUACCCAUGACUCCGUUUGGGUUUCUUGGAUCACAGGGGAUUUCCAAAUUGGGGAGGAGAUUCAGCCAUUGGACCCGAAAACUGUAGCGAGCGUGGUGAAAUAUGGAACCACCAACUCGUCAUUGAACAAUGCAGCUAAUGGGAAUUCCCUUGUUUACAGUCAGCUGUACCCUUUCGAAGGCCUCCAGAACUACACCUCUGGAAUCAUCCACCAUGUUCGUCUUCAAGGGUUGAAUCCGAGCACCACUUACUUCUACCAAUGCGGCGACCCUUCCCUAUCAGCGAUGAGCGAUGUACAUUCGUUCACCACGAUGCCAGCUUCGUCCUCGCAGAGCUACCCUACCAGAAUUGCCAUCGUGGGAGACCUGGGUCUUACCUACAACACUACUUCCACAGUCGACCAUAUGGCCUCCAACAAUCCUGAUCUCAUCCUGCUGGUUGGGGACGUCAGUUAUGCCAACUUGUACCUCACGAAUGGAACCGGGGCAGAUUGCUACACCUGUGCCUUCCCCGAUAGUCCGAUCCACGAAACCCACCAGCCUCGCUGGGACUACUGGGGAAGGUACAUGCAGCCAGUGAUCUCCAGGGUCCCGAUCAUGGUGAUCGAAGGGAACCACGAACUAGAAACGCAGGUUAAGAAGAAGGUGUUCGAGUCCUACAGCGCUCGGUUCGCAUUCCCUUCGGAAGAGAGCAAAUCACACUCCACAAUGUAUUACUCUUUCAAUGCCGGAGGGGUUCAUUUCGUGAUGCUCGGUUCCUACAUCGGUUACCACAAGAAAUCACAUCAGCACAAGUGGUUGAAGAAAGAUCUGGCCAGCGUCGAUCGAAAGGUGACCCCCUGGGUCGUGGCUACGUGGCACGCGCCUUGGUACAGCAGCUACGCUGCGCAUUACAGAGAGGCAGAGUGCAUGAAGGUCGCAAUGGAAGACUUGCUUUACAAGCACGGGGUCGAUAUGGUCUUCAAUGGACAUGUACAUGCCUACGAGAGAUCGAACCGCGUCUACAACUACGAGCUCGAUCCUUGCGGACCGGUCUACAUAACCGUGGGCGACGGUGGGAACCGAGAGAAGAUGGCGAUCCCACAUGCUGACGAGCCUGGUAACUGUCCUGACCCGGCCACGACACCGGACCAGAUCAUGGGAGGUUUCUGUGCGUUCAACUUCACUUCAGGACCGGCGAAAGGCAGCUUCUGUUGGGACCGACAGCCGGAUUACAGUGCGUAUAGAGAAUCGAGCUUCGGCCAUGGCAUUCUGGAGGUGAAGAACGAGACUCAUGCUCUGUGGACAUGGCACCGGAAUCAGGACAUGUAUAGUUCUCCAGGGGAUCAGCUCUACAUUGUCAGGCAGCCAGAGGAGUGCCCUGUUAAAGCUAAGAGGAAGCCGAGAUUGGAGAACCCCAAGAACCAAAGUUAG